AUGGACUUAGCACUGUUCUUCUCCAGCGUCUUCUUCUCCUUCACCUUCAUCUUCUCCCUCUUCUCCCUCUCCAUCUGCAUCUCUCGCCUGAAUCUAUGGUGCACGUGCGAAAUCUGCGACACCUUCGUCUCCGGGCGGUGGCGCCGCCGCUUCGACAACCUCUCCGACUGGUACACCGAUCUCCUCCGCCGCUCCGCCACCACCACCGUCCAUGUACACGUCAUCAACAACACCGUCACCGCAAAUCCCAUGAACGUCGAACACAUCCUCAAGACCAACUUCGACAACUACCCUAAAGGGAAACCCUUCUCCGCCAUCCUCGGAGACCUCCUCGGACGGGGAAUCUUCAAUGUCGACGGAGAUUCUUGGAGAUUCCAGAAGAAGCUCGCAUCCCUCGAGCUCGGUAGUGCCUCCACCAGAUCCUUCGCCUUCGAUGUCGUCACCUUCGAGAUCAGACAGAGGCUCUUACCGCUCUUAACCUCGGUCUCUGGUCGAAGCGACAGCGUUUUGGACCUCCAGGACAUUCUCCGCCGGUUCACCUUCGACACGAUCUGUAAAUUUUCGUUCGGUUUGGACCCAGGUUGUCUCCGGUUACCCUUACCGGUUUCCGAAUUCGCAACCGCGUUUGACGCCGCGUCGCGUUUGUCCGCGGGACGCGCGUUAGUGGCUGUACCGUUGGUUUGGAAGAUCAAACGGUUAUUGAACAUCGGUUCCGAGAAAAAGCUGAGAGAAUCGAUUCAGUUAGUGAACCGGUUAGCGGAGGAGCUGAUAAGCGAGCGCCGGGAAAAGGGGUUCUCUGAUAAGCACGAUCUCUUAUCACGGUUCAUGGGAGCAAUCAACGAUGAUAAGUACCUGAGAGACAUCGUGAUAAGCUUUAUCCUCGCCGGGCGUGACACCGUGGCUUCGGCGUUGACCAGCUUCUUCUGGUUGUUGACUCAGAACCCAACCGCCGAGUCAAGCAUCCGGCUCGAGUUGGAUCAGGUCAUGGGUCCAGGUCCGGACCCGGUAACCGCCACGUAUGACCAAACCCGAGAAAUGCAUUACCUCCACGCGGCUUUACACGAGAGCAUGAGAUUAUACCCACCGGUUCAAUUCGACUCAAAGUUCUCAUUAGACGACGACGUUUUGACCGACGGGACUUUUGUUAAGAAGGGCACAAAGGUAACUUACCAUCCUUACGCAAUGGGUCGAAUGGAUAUGAUCUGGGGACCCGAUUGCGACGAAUUCCGACCCGAAAGAUGGCUGAAAGAUGGAAAAUUCUCAUCCGAGAACCCGUUUAAGUACCCGGUUUUUCAGGCGGGUCUUAGGGUUUGUUUGGGGAAAGAGAUGUCUUUGGUGGAGAUGAAGUGCGUUGCGAUUGCACUGAUAAGGAGGUUUCGGAUCCGGGUCGCGGAUCCGGGAUGGAUCCCAAUAUUCGAAGCGGGUCUCACGGCCACGGUUCGGGGCGGGUUACCGGUUUUGAUCGAGGAACGAGAGGUGACACAACACCAUCAUUGAUGUUAUAUUUAUAUUAAUUGUGUUAUAGUUAUAAUCACUUAAAUUGAUGUUGUUGUUAUUAGUGUUUUAACACCAUAAUUUUACCAUACUUUUUUUUUAUAAUAUUUGGCCCGAUAAGAUUUGAAUCUUGGUAGUGAAAAACACUUUGUACUAUGGUAAAUUUACCAUACUUGUAUGUUUUUUUU